GCUCCAUUCCUCAGAGCAGCAGGCGCCCAGUCAGCGCAGCUCUCUCCUGCCGCUACGGAGAGGACGGGAGUUGAUGCUUCUUUUUUUCCACCUCCACGUUUUCUCGGAUUUACCUUCAUCCCGCAAACAUGAGACUUAUUUUCGUUGUCGUUGCGGCUUUGCUGACAGAAAGUCUAGCGCUUCCCGUGGGGAAAGAGGGGCAGAGAGAAGACGUGGUAACACGAUGCUUGGUUGAAGUCCUGUCCAAAGCGCUCUCCAAACCGGACUCCCAGCUGGAUGAGGAAUGCAAAGACAUCCUCCAAGCAGGGGUUAAACAUGCCCCACUGGACAAGAAGAGUACUGAAGAGAUAACAGUCAAAGGUCAACCUGAAGAACCUGAGGCAAAGGGAGCAGAUGUGAAAGACAUCGAGGCUCUCCUGAAAUCCGUGGAGGAAAAACGAGAAAUCCCAGAAGACGAGCGCAGCCAAGAAUCCUGGAGUCUGGGUGACGAGAAGGAGAAGAGACACGAGAACGAAGAGGAGGAAGAGCGUGAGAAGAGGGGCACCAGCUGGAGGCCAAGGUACCAGCAACGGAAAUACAAACGAGGAGAAGAUGAGGAAGAUGAAGACUAUGAGGACGAGCGUGAGAAGAGGGGCGCCAGCUGGAGGCCAAGGUACCAGCAACGGAAAUACAAACGAGGAGAAGAAGAGGAAGAUGAAGACUAUGAGGAAGAGCGUGAGAAGAGGGGCAGCAGCUGGAGGCCAAGAUACCAGCAACGGAAAUACAAAAGAGGAGAAGAUGAAGAAGAAGAAGAUGGUGACAAUGAGGAAGAGCGAGAGAAGAGGGGCACCAGCUGGAGGCCAAGAUACCAGCAACGGAAAUACAAGCGAGGAGAAGAUGAAGAAGAAGAAGAUGGUGACAAUGAGGAAGAGCGAGAGAAGAGGGGCACCAGCUGGAGGCCAAGAUACCAGCAACGGAAAUACAAACGAGGAGAAGAUGAAGAAGAAGAAGAUGGUGACAAUGAGGAAGAGCGAGAGAAGAGGGGCACCAGCUGGAGGCCAAGAUACCAGCAACGGAAAUACAAACGAGGAGAAGAUGAAGAAGAAGAAGAUGGUGACAAUGAGGAAGAGCGUGAGAAGAGGGGCAGCAGCUGGAGGCCAAGAUACCAGCAACGGAAAUACAAAAGAGGAGAAGAUGAAGAAGAAGAAGAUGGUGACAAUGAGGAAGAGCGAGAGAAGAGGGGCACCAGCUGGAGGCCAAGAUACCAGCAACGGAAAUACAAGCGAGGAGAAGACGAAGAAGAAGAAGAUGGUGACAAUGAGGAAGAGCGAGAGAAGAGGGGCACCAGCUGGAGGCCAAGAUACCAGCAACGGAAAUACAAACGAGGAGAAGAUGAAGAAGAAGAAGAUGGUGACAAUGAGGAAGAGCGUGAGAAGAGGGGCAGCAGCUGGAGGCCAAGAUACCAGCAACGGAAAUACAAGCGAGGAGAAGAUGAAGAAGAUGAUGACAAUGAGGAAGAGCGUGAGAAGAGGGGCACCAGCUGGAGGCCAAGAUACCAGCAAAGAAAAUACAAACGAGGAGAAGAAGAAGACUACGAGCGCAGUCAGGAGACUUGGGGUGUUGAGGAGAAGAGAUCAGAAUCAGAAGAAGAAGGCGAAGACAAAGAGAAGAGGAACUGGAGACCUGGGAGGUUCCACCAGAGAAAACACAAACGAGAUGAGGAACCUUUAGGAGAAGAGGGGGAGGAGCCAGAGGACGACCGCAGCCAAGAGUACUGGGAUGUAGACAAAAGGCAUGGCAACGAGGAUGAGGAGGAGAGAGACAAGCGCAUUUGGAAACCCACACAUCGCUACCACCACAAGAAGAAGCUCCACAAACGUGGUGACGAGGAGGUAGAUGGAGAUCGCAGCCUGGAAUAUUGGGACUUUGAUACCGGAAGAGAGAAGAGAGACUGGAGGGCCGGCAGGUACCACCAAAGGAGACACAAGCGUGAUGAAGAGCUCUCAGAGGAAGCCAGGGAAGAGCCAGACGAAGAACGCAGCCAGGAAUAUUGGGACUUUGAUACUGGAAGAGAAAAAAGAGAUUGGAGGGCCGGCAGGUACCACCAGAGGAGACACAAGCGUGAUGAAGAGCUCUCAGAGGAAGCCAGGGAAGAUCCGGAUGAAGAACGCAGCCAGGAAUAUUGGGACUUUGAUACCGGAAGAGAGAAGAGAGACUGGAGGGCUGGCAGGUACCAUCAGAGGAGGCACAAGCGUGAUGAAGAGCUCUCAGAGCAAGAGAGAGAAGAGCCAGAUGGGGAACGCAGCCAGGAAUCAUGGGACUUGGACAAAAGAAGUGGAAAAGAAGAGGAAGAAAUAGAGAAGCGCAUAUGGAAACCAACACACAGAUACCACCAUAAAAAGAAACUUCACAAACGUGGCGGAGACUCCUCAGAAGAAGAGGAAGGACAGAGGGGUGAUUCAGAGGAAUAUGAGGACGAGGCAAAGGACAGGGAUGAAGCUUUGAGGUAUCUGGCUCAGGGAGAGAAGCGCAAUCCCUGGAUUUUCAGAGGCUACUACCAUCCUGCGUGGUUUAAAAGGGAUUUAAACGAGCACACUGCAACCUCAAACAAGAUGGACGAAGUGACCAAGUUGCUGAACUAUAAGAUGAACCAGCUGGCCAACCACUCUAAUCAGGAGGAAACAAAGAGGAGCACGCACCAGAGAGCACUUACUGCGCAGGAGGAAAAAGAUCUGGAAAACCUUGCAGCGAUGGACAUGGAGUUGCAGAAAAUCGCUGCCAAGUUGCAUGACAACAGUACAUAAACCAGGAUGGACAGCAUUUAGUUUCACUACCAGUUUACUGCUGUCUUACUGUAUGUCUGCCAGUUUAGUGUGAUUACAGUUUUGAAAAAGACAAAAAAAAAAAUCAAAAAAAUCCUGGAGCCUUGCCAAACACAUUUUAUCAACUUGUUUAUUAUGGUAUUUGUGAUAUUUUGAUGUUAUCAAAUUAAUCAGCAUGGGAAUGGUUUUGAUGUUUAUAUAUGUAAUAAGAGGAACUAUGAAAAUAAUAUAUAUCUGAGAGAAAUUAUUGUGAUCUCAAGAGUUUGUUCAUUCUGCAGUCAAUAAAAGAAGUUAUUCUGGGACCAAACAAAUAUCUCUAAUUAUUUUUUGAUGAAAAAAAAAAGAAAAAAAAGAAGCGUACACACAUCAGGCUCUUUACUACUGCUUUUUAAUUCUGUGCAGAUACAGACGUACCCCACAGUGAAGCUGCAUUAGCAACUACAUCAUAUAUAAAUGGCACUUUCUGCAGGGAUAACAAAAUAAAAAAAA